CACCCCAUCCAGUCUGGUCUUUCUCCUCUCCAAACAAACACUUCCUCCGUCGCCGUCCGAUCGCCAGCCACCGCAACCGCACCCGCAACCGCAACUUGCCUCCCCUCCACCCCUCCCCCCCUCCCCGCCCCCCGCUAUACCCGGUGUUGCCCUCGUCACCGCCAACACUACUCCCCGCGUGUCGUGUCUUCGAUCACAUACCCUCGUUGGCUCUCGAUACCCAAAAUAUACACACCCAUACCCGCCCAAUGUCAGUCCGACAGUUGGAAGCCCGCCUGGCGGGCACGCACCUAAACGAAGAGAACGCGGUCGUUUUGCACAAGUCUACGAAGAACACCGUUUCGGCGGCGCCCCAACAACAGCAGAGCCACCGGCACCCACUGCUGAAGCUCGCAGUGCACAACCAGAACCAGAGCGUGCCUACAUGGCGAUCCGAGAUGCCGCCGCCCGCGUCGCCCGCGUCGCUGCGCAAGGGCGACGCCGCGGACCUCCGCGAUCCGCGGAACUCCCACAGCAGCGUCGUAUCGAUCCCCGCGGCGGUGCAGCCGACCCGCGAGUUCCACCUGGGGAUGUUCGAGAUCGGGCGGCCGCUGGGGAAGGGGAAGUUCGGGCGCGUGUAUCUAGCCAAGGAGCGCAAGAACGGCUUCGUGUGCGCCCUCAAAGUGCUCCAUAAAAAUGAGCUCCAGAAAAAUCAGGUCGAGAAGCAGCUGCGGCGUGAAAUAGAGAUUCAGUCGAACCUUCGCCACCCUAAUAUCCUCCAGCUGUAUGGUCACUUCCAUGACUCGAAGCGCGUCUUCCUCAUACUGGAGUUUGCCGGCCAGGGGGAGCUCUAUAAGAUGCUGCAGAAGGCGAGGCGCUUUUCGGAGCCGAGGGCUGCUGAAUAUGUAGCUCAAAUGACGGCCGCUCUCAUUUACCUGCACAAGAAGCACGUCAUCCAUCGUGACAUCAAGCCGGAGAAUAUCCUAGUCGGCAUCCACGGCGAGAUCAAGCUUUCAGAUUUCGGCUGGAGUGUUCACGCACCCAACUCCCGGCGCACAACGAUGUGUGGAACACUGGACUAUCUGCCACCGGAGAUGUUGAACGGCAGCUCGCACCACAACGAGAAGGUAGAUCUGUGGUCUCUCGGCGUGUUGAUGUACGAGUUCCUUGUGGGCUCGGCACCAUUCGAAGAUACCCCGCUGGAGACGCAAAAGAGAAUCGUGCGCGGUGAUAUGAAGGUGCCAGACUUUAUCAGUCCCGAGGCGGCGGAUCUUAUCCGGAAGCUCUUGGUUGUUCGACCCGAUCAGCGGAUUCCACUGCAGGAUAUCUUCAAGCACCCAUGGAUCGUCAAGCAUGUCACUGGGAAAACGAAGCGCGAACGCUCGGGGGCCGAGCGCAGUUCCCGAGAGCGAGAAUAGUUGUGGGAGAUUGAGCUCAGCAUGGCUUGGCUGGAGUUAACGGUUUCGCGCGGCGGGCAGCACUCCUGCGAUCUGACAUUUGUAGUAUGCAGAGACGGAGUUGUACGGCCAUUUGUGUUUUUCUGUUCUAUUCAUCGUCGCUGUUGGGUUAUUGUGGUUAUUGUGUGGCUUGGCUUUUUUGGUGUUUGUUUUGUUUUGUUUUUCUAUGCUUCGAGUUCCAAAAACCAUUGUGUUGUGUUGUGUCCUGAUUAGCAAGCGAGAGAUUGUGUGUCUAUAUGUAGAACGCAGGACGAUCCGCAGUACACAGAGUUCAG